AUGUCAGAAUUUGAGUACAGCAGUUCAAGUAAUGAAGAGAGCAGUGAAGACGAUGAAGUGGUUUUCCCAAUUACAUACAAACAGAAGAAAUAUGCCCACAAUGCUAUCAAAGUUUCGAGGGAACUGCGUACCUACUACUCAAAUUUAUUCAUCGAUUCUUAUAACUUAAUUGACUUGUUUAUCAAAAAAAAAACAUUAUUGUACAGUUCGUUUUUAGAAGUUUUUAGUUCUUCGAAGUUCCAUGAAAUUUAUGCUAAGCCCAAUAGGGAAAAAAAGCACACUUUUUUAGCACCACAUCAUUACAUCACAACCUCACAGGACUCUCAUGCAGUGGCAACCAAGUUUUUGAGAUCUAAAUCGAGAGAAGCACGAAUAGGUGCCGUUUACUUAUUGUACACCAUCAAUGUGACUCAGCCAUUUAAACAGUAUCUGAUCAAUAUAAAAAUGGUACCCAUUGAUUACUUCAACACUAAAGAAUUGGUCCACAGUUGUUUUAAUGAAGGUCUACGGGACCCAGCAUUCUGUUUUUACCGACUGGAAACCAGAAGAAAAAUAACAGUUGCAGCUACAGCCAUUAACCCUUGUUUAGAAGCCAACUAUCCAAGAGAAGAGGUCCGCAAGUUUAUGGGCCGUGUCGCUGAUAAGUGUUUUAAAGUUGAAUACGAAGAGCGCAAAGACUUUGAUCCAUCCAAUAGACUACAACUUAUGGAAUAUCAGAUGCGUAACGAAUUAGCAUACAUUAACAAAUUGAGUAAUUUGUGUUUAGGUCGAGAUGUUGUAACAGAACAUAAGCCAGACCUUUCUAGAGCGAUAGUAGAGAUAAACGCUGCUAAAAAUGUUACUACAGUAGAACAAAAAUACAAUGACAUUGAAAGUCCGAAAAAAAACCGGUAUAAAAAUACUAAUACCAGAGCAUUCCCAGGUAGAAAUGAAGAUAUUCUAGAGGAUAUGGUUGAAUUUUCAGAACCACCAAUCCUUGACAAACAUGUCAAUAACUGUCAUCAUAAAAAGAGACUAAAGCUAUCCAGGAGGAAGAUAUUAAAAAAGCAUGCCAAAAAAGAAGAACCACAGGAUACUACGUCAACAUUACCGAGAUUGAGCGCUAUCCUAGACUCGGAUUCUUCCUGCCCCAGUGAUGAUGAUGAUUAUUAUGGAAACACAUAUGGAGAUAUGAUUUGGCGUAUUCUGGAAGGACAAGAAGUCAGUGAAGUUAUUGAUCAUUCAACUAUCGACCAAGAGGAAAACAUCAAAAUAUGA